UUGGAACGCACACGCCAUUUGACCCCACGAAAACGACUUGUCGCCUUUAAGCUUAGACCCUGUUGGCUGUUGGUAUUAGUUGUCAAGCUACUCAGGCAACUAACAAUCGGAGACAAACGACUGUCAUCUCUGCAUCCUUCCCUCUCUCAAUACUUCCGGAUUUGAGUAAGCCCUAACUGACCCUGUGAUUAAAAAUGGAAAAAUCUAUAGAGGCUAACACCACCACGGAGGUCAUCGUUACGAAGGCUGCAGGAGGCGAGACAUCGGAGAGGGAUGGCUCCAAUGCUAGCUCUGGCAGUGCUGGUGCUCUUCUUGAUGACAAGGAGAGAGGGAUUUUGGAAUAUUUUGGUUGGGUUUAUCAUUUAGGUACCAAUUCUAUUGGCCAUGAGUAUUGUCACCUCAGGUUUCUGUUUAUAAGAGGCAAAUAUGUUGAGAUGUACAAGCGUGAUCCUCAUGAGAACCCUGUCAUUAAACCUAUUAGGAGAGGUGUAGUUGGGCCUACAGUCAUGGUGGAGGAACUAGGGCGUCGAAAGGUCAAUCAUGGGGACGUUUAUGUACUACGGUUUUAUAAUCGAUUGGAUGAGACAAAAAAAGGAGAAAUUGCUUGUGCUUCAGCUGGAGAAGCUCGGAAAUGGAUGGAGGCAUUUGAUCAUGCAAAGCAACAUGCUGAAUAUGAGCUCUCAAGAGGAGGUAGUACCAGAAACAAGUUGAACAAGGAGACUGAGAUCAAUCUAGAAGGACAUCGGCCUAGAGUGAGGCGUUAUGCACAUGGAUUAAAAAAGCUUAUAAGAAUAGGGCAAGGUCCAGAGAUGCUGUUGCGUCAAGCAUCAGCUUUGCACACUACUGCCAAGUCAGAUACAUAUUAUGAGGGGGAGAAUGGAGAUGCAAUUGAAGCACAUGAAUGGAAAUGUGUUCGUAUGAUAAAUGGCGUUCGAAUCUUUGAGGACGUGUCUGAUUCCAAGAAUAAUAGAGGUGUUCUCGUAAAGGCUGUUGGCGUUAUUGAUACCAGUGCUGAUACCAUUUUUGAAGUCAUUUUAAGCAUUGACCGGCAUCAAAGAUACGAGUGGGAUACUUUGGCAGGUGACUUGGAGCUGUUAGCUUCUUAUGAUGGACACUAUGAUGUUGUCUAUGGGACAUAUGAUCCAAAAUAUCUUACUUGGUGGCAAUCCAGAAGAGAUUUUCUCUUCUCAAGGCAAUGGUUUAGCAGCCAGGAUGGAACAUAUACCAUCUUGCAAUUUCCAGCUGUACAUAAGACACGACCUCCUAGAUCUGGAUAUCGACGUACAAAAAUCAACCCUUCUACUUGGGAGAUUAGAAAUUUAAACACACCCUUGGAUUCAAAUACUAUGAGAUGUAUUGUGACACGAACGUUAGAGAUACAUCAUGCAGGAUGGUGUAGAUGGAAGAGAAAUCGCUGCUCAAAGUUUGAAAAGACUCUUCCUUACGCAUUGUUGUCCCAAGUGGCAGGUUUGAAGGAAUAUAUUAGAGCGAAUCCAGCUUUGGAAUCUAAAUAUGCCACUAUUGUUGUCCAUUCCAAAGAUUUUGAUGAUUCAGUCUCUAGUAGUGAAUAUGAUGAUGCAGAAGUAAAGGAUGAGUUCUAUGAUGCGAUUUCUGCUGAUUCAUCAUCAUCUGAAGGGAGUGAUGAUGAAGAUCAUCUAAAGAAUGAGGAAAAGAUAGUGAAAUUGAAGAAUGUUUCAUGGGCCAUCACAAGCUUGGCUUUGAGGCGAACUUCAGUUCUGGAUGUAAAUAAGGAAUUGGAUCCUUGUGAAACUCUAAUGGAUAUUGAUCUAAGCCAAUUCCAUGGCUCCCUACCCAAAGGGAAGGAUGAGAAGGACUCAAAUUGUUGGACCUCUCCAAGUGGCAUGGGAUUUAUGAUUAGAGGAAAGACUUACCUAAAGGAUAACUCUAAGGUAAUGGGUGGGGAUCCCCUUCUCAAGCUCUUAGCUGUUGACUGGUUCAAAGUUGAUAGUCCCAUGGAUAGAGUUGCAUUGCAUCCCGAAUGUCUAGUGCAGACACAGGCCGGGAAGAAGCUUCCAUUUAUACUUGUCAUUAAUCUUCAGAUUCCAGGAAAACCAAACUACAGCUUGGUACUCUACUAUGCUGCAGAAAGGCCAGUAAAUAAAAGUUCUUUGUUGAGUAAAUUUGUUGAUGGGACAGACAUGUUUCGGGAUUCAAGAUUUAAACUAAUUCCAAGUAUCAUUGAGGGAUAUUGGAUGGUCAAGCGUGCUGUUGGGACAAAAGCUUGCCUUUUGGGGAAAGCUGUAUCCUGCAAGUACCUCAGACAAGACAAUUUUCUGGAGAUUGAUGUAGAUAUUGGAUCAUCCUCAGUAGCAAGGAGUGUAAUUGGCCUUGUCCUUGGAUAUGUCACGAGCUUGGUUGUUGAUCUGGCAAUUUUGAUAGAGGCAAAAGAAGAAGCAGAGUUGCCUGAAUAUAUUCUUGGUACUGUCCGGCUAAAUCGGGUGAGGCUUGACACUGCUGUACCUUUGGAGGCUUAGGGUUUUCAUUUGUCAACAUCCUUUAUUCAUCAUAUUCUCCUUGAUUAAUGCUGUUGUAGAAAUCAGGCAACACAUCUUCAAUUUUUCCGAUUUAGAUUAUUAGGUCAUAACAGUAAGGAUUUGGCUUUCACAAGUACUACACAUACACAUGAACGAAAAAAAUGAACACCUGCCCAUAUUGUGGGUUUCAUCCACCUGUUUGGUACAACGCUUUGAAAGUUUUUUUCAAUUUUUGAAGAUGUUUUGAGCUAAUGUUGGAGUCAUCUUUAAACUUGUGAGGUCCUAUUUAUUUAAUCGCUGUGUUCUCCAAUGGAUGGCCAUUUGGUUGGAAA